AUGCGAUCGGAGGUGCGGCUCUGGAGCGCCACUGGCGGCGACCAGCUCUUCGCCCUGCCGCGAGCGGGCGCGGGCGCCCUGUCGCUCGGUCGCACGGGCGGCGGCCGCCUGCGCGUGGCGCUGGCGGCCGCCGGCGCCGUGGAAGUCCACGAGCUGGCAGGCCUGACGGGCGGCGCGUCCGCCAGCGCCGCGCUCGGGAGCAACGAGAGCAACGCGUCCUCCAACGUGUCCUCCGCCCUGGCGGCGCGGCUCGUCUGGGUCAACGGUUCCUUCAGGAGCGAGGACGAGGCGGCGAACCUGACUGGCCUGGAGGGCCCAGCCAGCGUGGUCGACCUGCGGUAUGUGGCUGACGCGGAGGUGCUGGUUGCUCUCGUGCGCGUGGCGGGCGUCGGCGACAGCGUGCACCUCAUCGAGGUGGCCACGGGCGCGAGCUCGCAAGUGGGCGUCGAGUCCCCGCUCGUCGCGGCGGUCGACGUGGGCGCGGCCACCGCCCUGCUGCGCCAGAACGGGACCCAGAACGGGCCCCAGAACGGGACCCAGAACGGGACCCAGAACGGGAGCGCAGGGGUCAGGUUCGAGCUGCUGGAGGCCGUCGGGUCCCAGGUGGAGGUCUGGUUGGUGAGUCUGCGAGACUCGCAGUUCGAGGCGUCGAAGGUGGCGACGCUUGGCGGCGCAGGUGGCUCCUCCCCGGUGACGGCCGCCAGCUUCGGUGCACGGACUGUUCUGGCUGGGCGCCAAGACGGAACGAGCUCCCUCUGGGAGAGGGCUGGGCUCGGCUAUUCCCUGGUGUGGGUGUUCCAGCCCCACUCGCCGAGUGAGGUCCGCCAGGCCAGCUGGAGGAGCUCCGAGGCAGUCACCUCCAAUGCCGACGGCGUCGUGGCCCUGUGGAGCUAUCCACUGCGCGGGCAGGCGGGGACCACUCCUCUGGGCAUCCGGCUGGCGCCAGAUUGGGGCUUCCCCCUGGCUGGCGGGCGCGCUGGCGGAGCUGCGCGGGCGGUGCUGCUCAGCCUCGUCGCCUGGCCCAGGUCCCUGCGGGCGCACUGCGUCUGGGCUGCUGCCCCGUUGGUCUCGGCCGACAACUGGAUCGCCGUGGCCGACGCGCAGCUUGCCGACGAGAGCUCCGCCACGUCCUUUGUCGACAAGGUGGCGUGCCCCCUGCCGGCGGAGGAGGCCCUGGCGCUCCAGCUCGAGGCGGUGGCGCCGGGCGCGGAGGGCGCGGUGCUGCACGUCGGGCUGUCGGCGGACGGCGGCAGGACCGCCUUGCCGUUCUCGCUGCCGUUCUACCUCCGGCGCCGGCCCAUUUUCCUCGACGUCAGCCCGAAGUACGUACCCGUGCGCGGGAACCGCGUCGUCACGCUCCGCGGCGAGCGCAUCCCGGAGGCCCUGGACUGCAUGCUGCCGCCGGAGCUCAACUUCAGCCUCGACAUCACUAAUCGGCAGGGCCCACAGGCGCUGACCUUCUCCGUCUCCUUCCACGAGCGGCGCGACUGGGUGCUGCCGGUGCCGGAGGACCUGCGCGUGGAGCUCGCCAGGGAGCCGCGGGUGCAGAGCUGGGCGCCGGCCCUGGCCGUCCUGAGCACCGCGGGGCAGGCGUCCAGGCCGGUGCCUGUCUACCUGCGCCUGGCGAGCGGCCAGGUGCGCGGGGAGUUCUACCAGUGGUUUUGCUCGUGGCGCGAGACGCACGACCCGGAGGACACCUUCGUGGCCGCCGCCCGUGUGGUGUACGUGAACACGUCGUUCCUGAUGUGCCCGCUGCCGGCGGGGAAUUACCGGAGCUUCCACAGCAGCGCGGCCUCGCAAGCCACCUUCCAGCUCUACUUCUCGCUGCAGGCUCCCGCCCUCGGGCCGCGCCCGCCGCCGCAGCCGGGGGGGCUCCUCGCCACCGGCGUCGUGGUGCGGGUGUUCGGCAACGUUAGGGUCUUCGGUCCGUCGCCGGUGUCCCAUCCCAUCCCGCCCGAAGGCGAGUCGGAGCUCGCCUUCGUGCGCUUCUCCGGCUGGGGCUUCGGGUCGAACGCCACGAUCUUUGCGCACAUCACGCACGACGCGAGCGAUGUGCCCGAGUGCCGCCUGUGCUUCGCGGAGUCGGUCUCUGCACUCAAGUGCCCUUUCUCCUCCGCUGGCAUCGGGCUCGAGUCCAGCCUCAGCGUGUCGCUGCUCCUCGCGCCGCCGUUCCUGCUGCAGGAGCGCCAGGGCGUGCUGCCGCUCGAGACGCGGAAGCCCGACCUGGGCUGCGAGCGCGGCGCCCACCUGUCCUCCACCAGCGUGCACGUCUUCCGGCCGGUGGUCGGCCCGCUCUCCUCGGAGCCCGCCGGGGCGGUGCCAGCCGGCAGCGUCGUCCACUUCGCCGUCAGAGGCGCCUUCUUCAGCGCCGCCGCGGCGCACCACUGCCGCCUCCAGGUGGUGCUGCAGCCCGAGGCGGCCGCGGCCCGCGAGCUGAGCGACGCGGCGGCCUCCUCGCUGCCGGUCCGCGCCACCCGAGUCAACUCCACCCUGCUGCUGUGCGCGGUGCAGACGCCCCACAUGCCAGACCGCGUCGGCUCCGAGGACCCCGUCUCGCACACCGCCCCCGCCGUGUUAACCCUCUGCUCUGGCCGCGGGUCCUGCCCAGACGCGGCGCGCCCGGCCUCGCUGCAAGGGCCGGGCGCGACCGUGGUCGGCCGCUUCACGCUGUACGCGCGGGCCUCCCUGGACGGGGCGGAGUCGACGCUGAUGUUCGUCAGCGGCGCGCAGGACGAUCAGGCCGUUACGCUCUCCUGGGGCUCCUCUGGGCUGCUCCCAGAGUCGGCGCUGCCCUGCUCCGUGGCCCUGGCCGCGAGUUCCGAGGCGCUCUUCCCGUGCGAGGCGGAGCUGACGACGGCCCUCCGAGGCUUCGUGCGUCGCCUGCGCUGCCGCGUCGGCGCGAGGGCCAGCGGCAGCACGCCGCACCUGCCGCCCCUCGCGGAGGCCCUGCUGCGGUGCAGCGGCGCAGAUCGCGGCAGCCUCGGCUGGGGCUACCGGCCGAUCUCUCAGGCCACGCUGCCGCUGGUGCAGGUCCCGAUGCCCACGGUCUACGCCCAGUCCGUGGCCGACUUCCACCUGGACUCCGCCGAGCUCAUGCUGCUCCACGGCCGCCGACGCUCCGCCGCUGGCACGGGGGCCUCGGCGCGCCGCCGCGCCGCGGACGCCGUCGGCGCGCCGCCGCCCCUGCUGCGACUGCGCGUGUCGCUGUCUGGCUGGGAGGCCCUCCCCCCCGAGCGCCUGGGCGCCUUCGUGGACGGCUGCCGCCUGGCGCUGCCGGUGGCAGCCACGGGGUUGGCGGGCGCGCCCCGCUCCGCGGACGGCCGCGCCAGGCACCUGUCGGCGGGCCACUCCGGCGUGUCCGGCACCCUGCACGUACUGUGCGAGUGGCUGCCGGCGUCCGGGCUCCAGGACGUCGCGCCGUGGACCACACGCCAGGAGGAGCCGCUGGAGCUGUGGCUGCACCUGCGGAGCCAGAUCUGGGUGCGGACGAACCGCUCCCUGCGGCUCCGGGCGCCCGUGGCGGGGCCCCGCCCGCUGCCGGCGGCCUGCGCGGAGCAGCAGCUCUGCCACCUGCUGGUCCACGGCCGCGGCUUCGAGCCGGGCGCCGCCCUCUCGUGCGUCUUCUCGGCGCAGGGCUGGGGCUGCCAGCCUGGCAGGGACGGCUCCACCUGCACCCUCGUGUCGCGCGCUCAGGUGGUCAACAGCUCUCUGGCUCUCUGCACCUCGCCGCUCGCGCUGGCCAGCGCCCCGGCGUCCGCGGUGCACGUGGCCGUGACGCAGGGCGAGCUCCCGGCGCCUGAGAACCUGCAGGACACGGCCCUCGGCGUCGCCACGUCGGGCGCGGCCAAUCUGAUCCUGAGCCAGCCGCUGAGCCUGUCCGUGCUGCCUCUCGUGGCGAUCCGCGUGGCGGCCCCAGCCUGCCUGGUGCUGGGUGCCGCACCCUCCGAUGCGGCAACGAUCGAACUUGACGUGGAGGCCGAGGACGACUCACUCUGGGCCAGUGCGCAGAUCGCGAGCAUGGUGGCCUGCCGGCUCCGCUACCCAGCGUCGUUCCAGCACGUGGGCCAGCAGGUCGCCCAGGAUGUCGUGACGCCGGUGCGGCUGGUGAGGCCCGGCCGGCUGGCGUGCGAGGAUGCGCAGCGGCUGUGGUUUCGGCUAGGCGCCAGCACAGCUCCCAGCCCCUUGGUCGGCAGCGGGGCAGAGUUCGACGCCAGAUCGGCACUGCAGGUCGACCUCGUCUCGCUUGCGGCGGUGCCGCAGAAGCUGUCCGACGUGGCCGCGCUGCAGCUCGUGCGCGCACCACAGAUCGCCCGUGUUGAACCGCAGGUUGUGGCGGUGGUGCCCAAUCUGCCGCUACAGCCCAUCAGCGUUGUGGGCGCUGCACUGUCGGCCUCGGCGGGCUCUUGCUGCCGCUUCGCCACCGCCGCAGCCCCAGGUAGCGCGGCGGCGCGGGCGGCCAAUCUGUCGUCAGCGGGCGUCUGGACGGCGGCCGCGACCUCGGAGGGGCUCUUCCGCAUGAGAUGCGAGCUGCCAGAGGAGGUGUCUGCCUUCGUGGGCCGCAGCAUCCUGGUGGCGUACUCGCCGAACUGCCAGCAGUUUGCGGGCCCCGCGGUCCCUCUGCGCGUCGUGACGCUGCCAGUCCUGCGGCGCGCCCAUCCCCAGGUGAUCGUUGCCAGUUGGCCGCCGCCUCGCGUCGAGGUCCAGGGCGUCGGCCUGGACUGCUGCGCGGGACUGCGGUUGCGACUGGGCGGGCAGCGGCUGGCCACGGCGCUGGUGGUCCACGACGGCUCCUCGCUCUCGUUCCGGCCGCCGCUGCCGCCGCUUACUUCGCCGAGCACCGAGGGUGAUGCGGGCUGGGUGGAGAUCUCCGUCGACGGAGGCAUACUUUGGAGUAACACGUCUCUGCGCCUGACGUUCCGGGAAGCGCCGACGGUCGUCGAUAUCGCCCCCGACAUCGUGGUGAAGGGCGAGGCGAUAGUGCUCACAGCGACGGGCCUGUUCCGCUUCGCCGGGGAGCCCACUUCGUCGCUGCCUCGGCCUCGCAACGGACUGCCCAGCUCGAUCCUGGCGGUGCUGCCCGGUGGCGACGAGGCCUCUCCGACUGCGCUGGGCGACGGCUUCUACGCCCAUGCCUCUGGCGCGCUCGUCGCUGUCCGGAGGCUGAGCGGCAGCCAGCCGCCCCUGCUGCUGCGCCACCUCGCCGAGGGCGUGGCGGCGCUGGCAGCCCUGGAAGGGUUCGUGCUGGGCGUGCCAGGAGGCGGGCAGCCGGCGCUGCUCUGGGAGGCCGCGGGCGGCUCCCCGCUCUGCGCCCUCGCCUCGCCGGUCGGCGCCGGGCCGGUUGCCGCGGCGCUCUGGCGGGGCCCGCAGGGGCAGCUCCUGGCCGCGCUCGGCGUCGGGCGCGAGGUGCUCGUGUACAGCAUUCCCGUAGGGGACCUGGGCCCCAACGAGUCAUCCUGGGCAGAUGAGAACGCCUCGGCCGCUGCCAACGGCUCCGCCGCGUCGCAGGAGAACGCUUCGGGCGACGGCAACGUGUCUUUGGGCCUGCUCGCCGCGGACCUGCUGGGCAACGCCACCCUCGAGGGCAACACGACGCUCCGCCAGGUGCAAGGAGUCCCGGGCGAGGGCGCCGCUGCGGUCCUGGGCAGCGACGGUGUCCUGCGGCUGUGGAGCCUCGGGGACGAGGCCUUGGGCUCGGCCCUCGCCAGCGAGGUGCUGGCCUUCGCCGUGGGCAGACUGAAUGGGGCGCCCCCGGAGCUGCUGGUGGCCUCGAGUGGCCGCGAGCCGCAGCUUCUGGCGCUGCGGCGCGGCCUCGGAGCUCCCGGGUGGAACGGCUCCCUGCGGCGCUGGCUCCGCGGCCCGAGCGCCCCCGCUGCGACAUCCGCGGCGUUCGGCGCGGACGGGUCGCUGUUCCUGGGCAGCCCGGACGGCACGGUGCGCGCCUUCGCGCACGACACCGGGGACCUGGUGGCCGCGGUCAGCGGCAUCGGCCUCGUCCCCAUCGGUGUCCCUCGGGCGGGCCAGCUCCUCACGGCCGGCUCGGACGGGCGCCUGCGGCUGUGGGGGCUGGCCGCCGAGAGGGCCGCAGGGCCGGCGGCGAGCUCCGGCGGCCUCCAGUGUCGCCUGGUCUCCUCGCGCUUCGAGUCCGUGCCCUUGCCGGCAGCGCUGGUCAGCCAGGAGCAGCUCACGUGCAGCAUUGGCGGCGACGUCGAGUUCUUCGCGCGUGGGGACGGCCUCCUUUCUGGCCCGCUGUUCCCCACGGAGCCGAUGCGGCUGGAAGUCCGCUUGGCCUCCACCGACUGGAUCGAGCUGGCCGGCGACUCGCGGCCCAUCACAGUCACGCCUGCGCCGCGCAUCCAGAGCCUCUCGCCCUCGGUGGGCAUCGCAACGCUGGAGACCGCGGCGUCGCUCUACGCGUCGACCGCGCUCCACUUCCUUCCCAAGGCGUCCGAGCUGGACGGGAGCCAGCUGGCCGUGGUCCCCGACUUUGUCAUGACGAUGGGGCUCGUAGACAGUGCUGGCGUGUCCGCUAUGAGGGUCUCCCCGUCAGCUGCCUGCCGCGUGACGUCCACCGCGCCCUCGGCGGUGCAGUUCUACCUGCCGCUGAUCUGGCCUGCCCCGCAGGUGGCGCAGUGCGGGCCCCUCAACCGAAGCCACGUGCUGCCGAGCCUGCAUCCUCUGCGGGUGGAGCUGUCGCCCAACGGAGCGCAGUGGUUUCUUGCACCCCGCUACGUGGCCCUCUACGAGCAGCCAGUGUUCACAGGUGUCAGCCCAACGACCACCACGAUCUCCACGCCGCGCUGGAUCACGCUCAGCGGCUUCGGCUUCCCGGCCGCGGACGGCCUUUCCAUCAGCGUUGAGCUCCGCCCGGGCUUCGCGCGCCGCGCCGUCCGCGUGAGCAGCCGCGCGCUGCGCUUCAGAAGCCCACGGGCGCGCAUCGGCCGCAACCUGAGCCUACACGUAGCCUUUGGCGACUCGGCUCCCGUCGACACGGGGCUGUCGAUCUGGCUCAUGGAGACACCCGCCAUCCGGAACGUGACGCCGGCCGCCAUCUCCAUCGGCGAGCCGGCCAGGGUCGAGUCGACCCGACCUGUCCUGUCGAUCCAUGGCGACAAUUUCGACACCACCGACGAGUGCUUCUUCCAGUCCGCGUCCAUGACCGAGGUGUUGCGGCUGCCGCUGACGCGAUUCAUUUCAUCGACUUUGGUGGAAUGUACCCCGCCACGCCUGCCUCCAGCGGAUGCCGAGCUGACGGCCUACCAGGAGCCCGAGCAGGGCCCUUGCGCGCUGCGCACCGCCCUAGAAGACCAGCUGACCGAGGUGAUCCAGCAGCUGAACCUGCUUGUGCUAGAGCGAUUGUCCUCGCAUCGCAUUUUCGUUGACUUAGGCGACGAGAAUGAGACCAACGGCUCCGACGCGAACGACACUACUGGCACGGCCGCGUGCUCGGUGUGUGCAGACGCAGACCUUGUGCAGAGGGAGGAAGCUUUGAUGGAGGAGCGUGACGCGCUGCACCUUCAGAUUGAGAUUGCCACCAGGGAGUGUAACGCUCUGCCCGCGGCAGCGAUCUAUGCUCUGCCUCUGCAGGGCUACGUCCUCGUGUCCGUCAGGUCGGCCGCACAGGACGGCGGCGGUACUCCCCAGUCGCUGGGCUCCGAGGCUUUCUCAUUGCGGCUGCUGCCCCUGCACGGCAUCUCGUCCGUCGAGCCCGAGUCUGCCCCCAUGUCUGGUGGCACUUGGCUCACGAUCCGUGGCGCUGGCUUCACGCAGGAGGCAGACCUGUCGUGCGCGUUCGGUGGUCUGUCUCACGUCCCGGCGAUCUUCGUGAACAGCACCAUGCUCCAGUGCACGACGCCCGUGUACGCCGCGGGCCGCUUCCCGCUCUACAUCGCCGCCAAUGAGUACGAGCUGUCGGGCACCUACGUGAACAUAACCUUCCUGCCCAACUGGACGUUCGCUGUCAGCGAGGAGAGCUUCUGCUUCACGGAUGAGGAAGGCGACAGCGUCGUGCUCCAGGCGCUGUCGGUAGACCUGCUGCCGUGGGCCUCGUACCUGAGUGGUGUCAGCUGCCUCUUCACAGCGGACAGCCCGUCUGUGGCCUACUUCGAGAUGCAGGCCACCGUGUUCUCGUGGGGGGGCUCCGCCGUCCGGGUGCUGUGCCCCUGCCCUGCGCUGGCUGCAGAGUUUGCCGGGGCGGCGGUGAAUGUCUCUCUCUCCGUGGACAGAAAACGGACAGUGAACUACGUCGGCGAGGUGCUGAUGCUGGCUCGACCUCGUGUUUUCAAGGCGUCGCCGCAGAUAUGGCCAGCAGGGCUGCCUCUGACUCUUACAAUCGAUGGGCAGAACUUCCCGCACUCCGACAACGUCUCCCUGGCGUGUAUCGUGUUCGACGACAGUGGUUCUCGCGGCGCCGCGGGCUUCGACUUCAGUGUGUGGUCGGAGCACCAGGCGCACAUGCGGCGACUUCUGAUGCAGGACACCUGCUGGUCCGUGGAGCAGGACUUCGGUGUCUACGAGUGGACAGACGGGCGUCCCGAUCACUGCACCAACGAGACAGGUUAUGGCUGGCCAGGGGCCGUUGUGGUUGUGGAGGCGACGUUCGUGUCGGAUGGCGAGGUGCUCUGCUCGCUACCGUCGCUGUCCCUGACGGAGCAGGGCCCCAUGCUUGCCCGUUCUGUGAGGACCUUCCUCGCAGCGAAGGCUAGCACCGCGUAUCACACUGAGGUGGCCGAGUUACCAGUGAUCCACUUGGUGCCUUCGUUGCAGAUCGAGGGCGUCGGCACCACGGCGAUCGCCUUGAGCCGGGUCGACCUCGUGGACGCCUCCGUGCCGCAGCAGCUUCGCAUCAGGGUGCGUACCGAUCAGGGCUUCCUCGGUGCAGCUGGCGUGAGUCGUGAGAAAAGGUGCCGGCUGUCGUGGGCGAUGCGGGGCUUGGAGGACCAGGCGAACCUGCGCGCGGUCGUCGUGAGCAGCUCGGAGGUCGUCUGCCUACUGCCGCAGCACGAGGCCCUGCCCAACCACCGCGCCUACCUCUCGCUCUCGCUGGAUGGCUCGACGUGGUCCAACACAGUGCCAGUGCAGUUCGUGGAGCAGGUCUCGAUCCAGAGCUCGCCCUCGGUUGUGCCGCCUUUCAGCGAGGCCUCCUUCAGCAUCACAGCCGCAGUGGACACGCACUUCCACUUCGAGGCGCUGCGGCACGCUUCGCCCGUGUGGUGCGACUUUGGCGUGCCGGGGGUGGCGUCGCCGACGGCCGCCGUUCUGAGGUUGGCCAGCAGCCCGAAGGUGAACGUCCUGCCGCUCGAGGCCGCGGGGACUCCCGCUCAGAACAGGACAAUAGUGACGUCCCGACACACCCCUGGGUUCCUCACCUGGCUGUGCCGAGCCCCCGCUGGCGGCUUCCCGCCCAACCUCGAUCUGUCGCUCGCACUGACACUGAGCCCAGAUGAGCAUACAGCCAUGACUUUGACGGCAGGCGGUCUGGAGGUCAAGGUCUUGCCCAGCAACACGGUUGCCCAGGCGUCGCCAGUGGCCCUGGUGGUGGGCCAGCCCGCAGCGACUGCCGAGCUGGCCUUGGUGGCGGGCCCGCUGAGCGGAGGCUUGACGCCUGUGUGCCGACUCAGCGGGUGCUCGGCCGUGGACUUCGCGGAGGGCGCAGAAGGAGGCAGCGGCACCUUCAUCGAGGGUUCGGCGGGCGCCACGUGCACUUUACCGGCGGCGCGCUCCCUGCGCGCUGGGAUGCGAGGCUCUUCGACCUGCGGACUACAGGUCUCGUUCGACGGGGGUACGCGGUGGUCCGUGCCUCCAGUGCCAGUGGAAGUGGUUGCAGCGCCCACGCUGUUCGACGCUCGUCCAGCGCUGGUUGCACCGGACGCCUUCUGCGAGCACUGCGCCCAAGUUCACUUCGUCGGCAGCCACUUCACGCAGAGGAUCGGCGCCACCGGUCAUGCGCACCCCAGGUGCUGGCUCGGCGACCACGAGGGCUCCGUGGUGGACGUCAGGCACAACGUGACAAGCUGCUCCUUUCGCAGCGAGCUGGCCACGCAGAGCAAUGGCAGCGACGCCUUCUCCCGGAUGCUGCCCAGCAUCUUCCGCAGCGGCUCUCUGGCGGCGUCCCUCGAGGGGCCCUCGCACCAGAGCGAGGUCCACGUGGCCAUCUCGGACGCGCCCGUCGUCUACGCAGUGCAUCCAGACGUGGUGUACGCCGAGUCUGGUGCGAAGCUGCACGUCUACGGCGCCUCCUUUCCGCCGGACCUGCAGACGGCUUGCGUCUUCAGUUUCGCGCACUGGCGCCACGAGGUGGCCGCGUUGCUGGUGAACGACUCCCUGGCUGUAUGCGACCUGCCCGAGGUCGCCGUGUUCGGCUUCCACGGCGUGCGGCUUCGCUUCCGGGGCUACGGCGCCCUCGCGCGGGGCCGCAGCGGGCGCCAGCCUGGCGUCUCGGUGCUCCAGGUUCCUGUCAUGACGCGCUUCCAGCCCACCUUGGCCAGCUGGACGCGCAGAGUACCGAUCGUGCUGGACGGCUCGCUUCCCGCCGAGGCCGCGAGUGCGGGUGCGCCGUCGUGGCUGAGCAGCGUGAUCUACUGCCAGUGGGAGGUGCUCUCGCGGGACUCCACGGGGGCGCUGGACAGUCUCCUCGAGACAUCGGCAGAGCCUGCGCGCCUGUUCGAUUGCUCCUUGGCGCCGAUGGGCAUCUGCCGGUCGAGUCUGCACAUGGUCACCUGCCUUUCGCCGGUGCCGCCUGGCGGGGCCCUGGGGUCCGGCGGCGCCGAGCUGGUGGCGCGGUUGCGCCUGUCGACCAUCGGCGGCAAGAGCUUCUUCACGGUGCGCAGGCCCCUGCUGAAGCUGGUGCCUGACGCCGUCGUUGUUGAGGUGACCCCAGGCGAAAACAGCAAGGUGUAUGCGGGCACGGCAAUCGACGUCCGUGCGCUGUAUGUGCAAGAGGCUACCGUGCGCUGCCAGUUCCGUGCCUAUGGCCAGAAUGCCCUGCUGCUGGACGACAGGCGGCGGCUCGGGACUGGGUGUCAUGUCGAGGCGCGCAUCGUCGGCAACGGGACCUCGAACGGCAGCCACGGCGGCAACGGGAGCGUGUUGGCCGGGACCACUGUGUCGGCCUGCCCACGCUUCGACAGCGACCACAUGACCGAGCCCCAGCGUCCUCUCGACGUGGCAGCCGAGGACAACACCCCCGACAUCGGCGGCAGCUUCCCAGGCGCCAGGCUGGUCCGCUGCCGGGUGCCGGACGGCCUGGCGAGGGGCACAUGGCAGGUGGGUCUGCUGAACUUCGACGCGCCACUGGCGCAGGCCACCAACUUCAGCAGUUUCGAGGUACUGCCAAUGUCCCACGUGGUCCGCGCGUCCCCCGCCGUAGUCGCCGUGGGCAGCAACACGCCUGUCACGUUGUACGGUGGCGCCCUCGGUGCCAUGCUUCAGGCCACCGUCGGGUCGCAGUGCGUCUUCCAUGCCAAGGGCAUCAACGCCGCGUCGCGGAGCACGCCAGCCUGGAUCUUGGACGACCAGCGCGUGGUGUGCCAUGUGCCCCCGAUGGAUGUGCCCGACGCCAGUGGAGGCGUGGAUGUCGGCGUGACCAUGCGGGUGCACGGCUACCUGCUCACAUCGCAGGCGUCCUUCCGGCUGACUCCAGCCCGGCACUUCUCGCAGCCACGCCUCUCCGAGCUGGCCACCCCGCAGCAGUAUGGGCAGCGCUCGCCUUGGAACGUCACCUUGCAGAUGGUGGCAGCCACCGCGGAGCAGAGCCCGCAGGGUGUUGCACCUGUGAUGUUUUCGGCGCAGAACUCGCUCUUCCGAGGUCCCGCUCACCGGCUACUGUGGCUGGAGCCUGCAUCACAAGAGACAGAACAGUUUGGCAACGGCACGGUGUCAGUUCGCAUCGACAUCUCUACAGAAGAGCUGCAGCUGCUCCUUAUGGCUCCCGUGGUGGACUACUCGCUGGAUUUUGCGCCGCCCGUUCUCUUGCGGGCUUAUUUCCCUGACGAGACAGACCCGGCGGCGCGUACCGCGGGCUUGUUGGUGCCGUCGUCUGCCGCGGCAGAGGUGACCCCAGCUGUGCUGCGCGCGGCGCCGCGGGUCUUCAGCGUGAGCCCGCCGAUCAUCCCAUGGCACGACCGCGCUGGGUUCGCAACAGAUUUGCGCGAGCAGCCACGGGUGACCGUCUCUGGGGCAGGCUUUGUGAACUCGCGCCACCUGACGUGUCGCUUCGUUGACAUGCGCGGCGGCUUGCUGGCCUCGCCGUCGGCACGUUACGUUGACCGCGAGCAGGUGCGCUGCGAAGUGCCGCAGCUCCAACUGCCUGGCAGCAUGGGUGUCCUGGUGCAGGUGUCCAAUGACAACAAGACGUGGUCUGAAGAGGAGAUGGUCGUCUACGUAGUGAAUGCGAUUGAGCUCGCGGAAGUGGUGCUGUACCCCUCCUUCGGGCAGCUCAACGGCAGCACGGCAGUAGAGGUGGUAAUGCCGCGGCAGAUGCCGAACGUGGAGACCCUCGGCUGCUUGUUCGGCCUCGGAUCGAGGGCACGUUCCGAAGCCAUCGUGGUAGAGGAUGGCCGUGUCCUUUGUGUCGGAGACCAGCCAGUCGACAGCAUGAGCUCGCGUCUUGCUGGCGAGACGCUUUCGGAUGACUUCCCGCUGGUGGUGCCAGGCACCGCUGUGGGAUUCCGGCUGACUCUGGAAGCGACCGUCCCCGACGACAUCGAAGAGGCCCGGCUCACGACUUCCGAGCCCACGGGGUUCGUGUACACCACUAGCCCGACGUUCGAGAGGCUGUCGGAGCGCUUCGCCACGACCGGGCAGACUGUGACCGUCCGCGGGCAGAACUUCCCCUUUGGCCAGGACGGCCACGGCCUGGUGCGCUGCUACUGGCAGCUCGUGCGCGCGGUCACGGCGGGAACGCUGCUCUCAGAUUCGCUUCUCAGCUGCGCCGCACCCGAGCUGCCGCUCGUGCAGCUGGCCUCCGAGCUGGGCAUCGAGGAAAGGCUCAUGCACGUCUCGUUCGACGGGGGCCGCAACUACAUCCGUGCCACGACCGCCGGGCUGCCACUCAUGAUCCUGCACCAAGGUCGUGGGCCCAGAGUCGUCCGUAUCUCGCCCACGUACACCACGGCUGGCCGCGGCGACCAUGUCACCCUCACGGGCGGAGACUUUGCGCCGCUGCGAUGGCUGUCGCCGUCCUUCGGGCGCUGCGAGUUCUCCAGCGACGACAUCGGCUAUGCAACACCCCCUGCCUCGGCGGCGGUGUACCUGAACGGCCGCGAGGUGCGCUGCAGGGUGCCGCUGGAACUCCAGCCCGCCGCCCACGUCGUCCGGCUGGUGUUCUCGUACGGCAGUGUGCACGUGGAGGCUCGGUACGGGACAUCGGCUGGGGAGCUCGGGAUGGCGCUCUUUGUUUUGCCAUCCCUGGCGAUCCACCGAGUGCUCCCUGCAUGGGUGCCAACUGGUGGCCGCAAGCACGUCGUGGUUGCAGGGGAGCGUUUCUUGCCGGCGGCGGCCUUCCCUGUGGGCGGGCAGGGCCAGUACUGGUGCACGUUCGGAGAGGCAGUGCCCGUCUCGGCCGUGCGACUGUCGUUGUCAGAGGUUGCCUGCCCAACCGUCUGGUACAAGGGCGACAACGUGACCCUGCAGAUUGUCUUGGAGGCACCGAGCGGUGGAACCGGGUUGCCCAGUGUUGCCCCGGUUGCCUUCAGGACGCUGCCAGUCGUGCACAGGGUGCAGCCUGCAGUCGUCCUCGCUUAUCACCUCGGCCAAAAGCUCCAGAUCUUUGGCCAGCAUUUCUGGCCUGCCACUGGCUGGGUGCUGGAGUGCCGAUUCGGCGAGGAUGGCUCCGAGACCUCGACUGCGCACGUCUCCGCCGCUGGUGACCGCGCGGAGUGCGAGAUCGCCGAGGGCGUCCCCGGAAGGCUGCCGGUUUACCUUGUAGUCGACGGGAAGGACGAGGUGUUGGCGCUGCCAGAGCUCGAGUACGUGGAGCGGCCGUUCACGUCGGCCGUCACGCCCAAGACCUUCGUGGAGGGCUCCCAGACGUGGGCAACGAUCUCUGGUCACAGCGUGGAUGAGAUCAGCCAGCAGCAGCUCAUGUGCCGCUUCUGGGCGCACGCCUCCACCGAGCCCUUCGAUUGGAUGACUUUACAUUUGGAACAAUGGGGAAAGGUGCUCGAAAGCGUGUCGCGGGCCGCAUGUGGUGCUAAUGACACGAACAUGUCAAACAUCUCCAACAUGUCUGGUUCGUACCAGGAUGACGUUUUUGGCGAAACGUUCAACAUGUCAAUGGCCGAGUUCAACCUUCUCGACGCUUGUGCUAAGGGUUCAACCAUGCCGAUGUAUGAGGGGAUAUCGGAUUGUCCUACUGCAGUUGUCAGCGAGGUGGCAGCAUUCAUGUUGGCGGCGUUGAAGGAUGGAUUAAAAGACGCUGCUGCGGGAGGGCAGGAUUACGCUUGGAUGUGCACUACGUCGACGACUUCUGGUACCGAGACUAGUUCGACCACAGAGACGAGCUCGACCACCCCCCAUACUACCACUGCCACCAGCUCUGUCACCAGUUCGACGGUCUCAUCGACGAUCAGCACAACAUUAACGCACACAUCCAGCACAACCAUUACAAUGACUACAAUCACUUAUACUCUCACUUCGACAACAGUCACAUAUACUUCCACCACGACUGCGACCAGAAGCGCUACCACAAUCACAGAGUCGAGCACCACGACUGCCUCGGCUACCACUGAGACCAAUACCUCAUCCACGUCCUCUACCAGUGACAGCACAACGAGCCAGACGAUCACAAGCUCGACCACUGCUGCCACCACGACGGCAACUGACUCAGCGACCACCACUUCGAAGACCUCGAGUGGUACAAGCAGUUCUACUAGGAGCACCACCACGGCGUCCAGCUCGACCACUUUCACUCGAACGACCAUCACGGGCAGCAGCACCUCCACCUUGACCACCAGUACCGCAACGCUGACGAGCACCGUCUCAACAUCGGGGACGAGCACUUCCACACAGUCAACCACGACUGCGACCCUGACGAGUACCACGGACUCUAGCUUUACACAAACCACCAGCACGGAGACGAGCUUCACUCGCACAAGCACAGCCACAAUGAGCAGCGCCACUCUGACUAGUAGUGGUACAACGAUUUCGACGACCUCUACUCGAAGUAGCACCACGGCAAGCAGCUUCACUUGGACGAGCUCGACAGCAAGCAGCUUCAGUUUGACAGCCACUACGGCGACGAGCUCCACCUUGACUAGCACCACCGCCACCAGCCGUACCCUGACUAGCACCACGGCCACUAGCACUUCAGCAAGUAGCUCGACAAUGACUAGCACCACGCUCACCAGCAGUGCCACAACAACCAGCAGCACCACAGCAAGCAGUACCACAGCAACCAGCACGUGGUCGGUGACCAGUUCCACAACAUUGACCAGCUCUACAGGAACGUCUUCCUCCACUACGAGCUCGAAGAGUGAAACUGUCAGCUUCACAGAGUCCAGCACUUCCACACUGACUCACACAGCCACAAGCACCAGCACAGAGCACACAACCAGUGUGACAAGCACGACUUCGCGUUCAACAGUCACUUCUUCGCUAACGAGCACAUCGGAAACCAGCUCCACCAUGACCACCACAUCAGAAACCAGCUCCACAACUGCAGCGACGGCAACGACAACUGUAACAUCGCACACUUCUACCCUCACUUUGACGAGUACUUUUACGGGCACCAGCACCGUGACUCUUGUCAGCACGACAGGGUCCAGCAGCACAACCAUUAGCACCACAUUGACUAGCGCGACGGCAACAAACACCACUUCAAGCACAAGCGCGACGGCAACCAUUAGCACUACCUUGACGAGCACUUCGGAGACGAGUUUAACCACAGUGAGUACAACUGGUACCUCAAGCGCCACAGCGACUGAAACGCUGACCAGUACCACGCGAUCCAGCACGAGCACUACGACUUCCAGCUCGACACUUAGUAGCACAACGGUCACGAGCUCGACAAGCAUCACGGUGUCGCGGACGAGCACAUCAACAUUGAGCACCACAUCCACCAGCAGCGCUUCAGAAAGCAGUUCUCUGACACUUACCAGUACAUCGCUAACCAGCAGCACGACUUUGACCAGCUCUUCUGCCACAAGCUCGUCGUCCGUGACAAGGACCUCAUCAGUCAGCAGCACGACCAUGAGCACUCUCAGCCACACCAGCACCUCCCAGAGUACAAUCACCCAGUCCAGCUCGUUGACAGUUAGCAGAACAUCAACUUCGACGAGGACUCUCACCAGAACCACCGCGACCAAGACGACUGGCACGACCACAUCGACGACGGAGAGCAGCACAACGACUCCACACACUACUUCGGGUACGAGUUCGUCAAGCCUGACCAGCUACACUGCGACCAGCAGCACCUCGGCAACCAGCAGCACGACCAUGAGUACUUCGUCGAUGACGAGCACCACCUCCUUCCACACAACCACCGUCUCCAUCACCUACACCACCUCGACCGACACCACGACACUAACCGAGACGUCCACCACCACGAGCUGCCUGAUCCCCCUGAGCCCUUAUGCCUCGGACCCGGCCCCGUGGUGCGGCGUCGGCGACGAGCUGCUGGGCCCUGCGAGCGAGGCCGGGCAGGUGUUGGUUGAGCUCCGGAGCUGGCUGGCCCGCUUCCGCGGCACGCAGCUGGCGGCUGGAAGCGUGGCGCACGUCGACGUACCUGCGCAGCCGGACGUCAGCGGCAAGGCCACCUGCCCGCUACCCGCGGCGGGCACGCUGCUGGGUGCUCUCGAGGAGCACGCCCUGGACUACCGCGUGCAGGUGGCAGUGGAGAUCCGACAAGCGCUGUCCACCGUACUGUCUUGGGCGCUGGGCCUCUGCGAUCACGCGAAGUCUUGCGACCGGUUUGAUCUCUUGGCGCUCUGGCGGCUCAUCGAGCAGGGCCUGGAGCAGUGGCUCCCGCGCGCGGGUUACGGCUUCUGGGAGUCCCCGUGGGCGCACGAGCAGUUGUUGAGGGAAAUCCGCGUGGAGGCGGGCCUGGCGGAGACGCUGCCAGACCGCCCCAGCCUCUCGCACAGCGCCUCGCGGCUGGCGGUCUUUCCAGCUCCAGCGGCCACCGCUCUUCGGCGUCGGACGGCCCCAGUGGCGGUGCGUGCGCCCGUGGAGAUUGCGGCGAGCGGCCUGCAUCCCUCUCUGGAGCCGCGGUGCCUGGUCCAGGGCGACAACGGCUCCUGGUCCGUCGUGCCUGGGGUGCAGACGGCGGACACGGUGGUACGCUGCACGGUCACCCCGUUCGCGUACGCGGCGCACGAUGCGCGGUUGGUGUUGCUGCUGGCGUCGGGGGUGAACGCGUCCCGCCUGGAUUCGCCAGUCGUGGCAAUCCCUGCACGGGAGCCCAGCGAGAAGGUGUGCGUGGAGUGGCAGGACUGUCAUCCCGGGGCCAACGCCUCCGAGGACCGCGCCGCGAACUGUUCCGUGCGCACCACCUGCUCGAGGCCGCCGCGGGGCGAAGGUGUCGACGCGCCAGCGCCGGCGCCGCCGCUGCAGCUGAGCUUCUCCGAUAUUGGAAUUCCCUCGCUCGUGGAGCCCGCCUACGUUUACACGACGGGUGGUGCGGUCCUGCGCGUGGUGGGCGACUUCGCUGCCGUUGGCGACGCUUGGUGCAGCAUUGAUGGCGUCAGGGACGCCGUCAGAGCCACGAAAGUCACUGACACGCAGCUCCAGUGCCGCGCGCCCGCGCGGAUGGCUGGGACGGCCCUGGUGUACGUCACUGCAAAGGACGCGCUGGGGCAGCCCGCAGUUGUGUCCAGCAGCUCAGGCUUGAUGCGGGUGGAGUACGUCGAGCCAGUGCACCUCUUCGAGGUCAACCCCUCAGUAGUCAUGGACGGCAGCGGCGUGGAGCUGAGCGUGUGGGGUUCACACUUCCGCGACGUCGCGUCGCUGCGCUGUCGGUUUGAUGCGGCCGGGACCCGCAACACGACGACCACGCGCGCGGUCUCGCGGCAGAGCUGGAGUGGCAGGGUGCUCUGCAACCCCAAUGUGACGGAGGCCUCGCUGAGGACCUUCGUGAUGUCGCCGUCGACGCCUCUGGAGCCCCCAGAGGCCUCUGGGCCUGGAGCCCCCUUCGUGUGCGCGUCGCUGGCGGAGGACGGGUGGUACUACCACGCGCCGGAGCAGCGCUUGUUCGUUCCUCGGUUGGGCGACGUGCUCGUCGCCGAGCUGGUCGGGGGCACGGCCUUCUCCCUCCAGGGCCAGAGGAGCGUCUUUGCAGGAGUGCAGUUCGGAUACGACUGGGGGGACCUCGCGUUCGUGCGCUCGGUGGAGAACGAGAGCGAGUGGUUCGCGGACCGCCUGGAGGACACAUUCACCAGGACGUCCAGUACCCUCAGCACCGAGACCCUGACCCAGACCACUGGAACCUCCACGCUCACGACGGGCUCGACCACCACGAGCUUGACGUCGACGUCGGCCACCAGCAGCUCGUCGCUCACAAGCACUUCUGCGACCACCGCGAGCGCGACCAGCAUGAGCGUUUCCUCGACUACGACUGCUACAUCCACGCUGACUUCUACCACGCUGACUUCUACCACGCUGACUUCGUCAGCGACUUCGACGACGACGGCGUCGACCACGAUGACGUCGACGAGCACGCCGACAACGACGGCGAGUUCAACGAUGACAGCGUCGGCGGCGGCGCGACGGCUGACUGACGGCGGUGCUGCUCUCGUGGGCAUCUGGGUCAGCGGCGGCGUGUUCGACUUCAUGAGCACCGUUGCAGUCGAGACGGCCUCCUCCAUUACCACGCCGACCUUCCGGUCCGCGCACCACAUCGGCUGCCCCAUUCCCGAGCCGAGCUCGUGGCUGCGCGAGGGCGACGGCAGGGCGGAGCUGCGAGUGUCGCUCAACGGAGAGGAGUGGUCCGACUCUUACGUCGACGUGAUGUUCCAGACGCCGCCGUCGCUGGCGUCGGCUGUCGCGGUCGCGAACCUUCCCCUGGCCUCCCGCGGCGCGGAGCUGGCGCCGGACGCUGCCGACUGGGGCGCGCCGCCGGGGGACAUGGUGCUCCUCCUGCGCGGCCGCCACUUCAGCGCGUGGCCGGACGUCCUGUGCGAGCUGCGCCCCCGUGGCCAGGCGUACCCCUCCGUGUUCGUGCCGUCCUUGCUCCUGAGCGACAGCGAGCGCGCCUGCGCCGUGCCCCAGCAGUUGGCCGAGGUGGUCGCCGAGAACCUGUCGUUGCAGCUGGUGGCGCCGGACGGGCUCACCUACUUCUUCAAGAGCGAGAUCGCAGUGGGAGCGUACCCUGUCUACGAGAGCCUCUCUGGCGGGACGGCAGGGGACCGCGUCCCUCAAGUGCUGGGCGUCUCCCCGGACUGGGGCUGGACGACCGGUGGCACUCUGGUGCGCGUGCGCGGGCUCAACCUGCCGCAGGCGCUCACGAACCACCGCGGUGAGGUGGCCGUGCGCUGUGACUUCGGACCGGCGGGCAUCGAGGACGCCGUGAGCACGAGCCCGACACAGGUGGAGUGUCCUGCCCCCGCCACGGGCAAGGUGACGGUGGUGUCCGUCUCCGUUCUGGUGGGCAACCCGCCCCACCUGUGGCUCUCGACCGCGACGGCCAACUUCCACUACCUCGCCCGUUUCCACGUGGCGCAGAUCACGCCCGCGCUCGGCACCACCGCCGGAGGGACCAAUGUGACCCUGACGAUGACGACCGAGCCCACGGCGUUCACCAACUUUAACUUGCAGUGCGCCUUCGGGCGCAGCCGGGUCCCCGCCACGCUGGUGCAGGUCUCGACGGGGUCCCCCGGGCUCCGCACGUACACGCUGCGCUGCAAGGCCCCGGCGGUGGAGCACGCGCCGCGCUACACGCGGGAGGGCUGCACCUGCAAGGCGCGGUGGUUCCUCCCAGACGGGCAGCAGUGCGACACGCAUUGCUGCGCCGGGCCUGGGGACGAGGCGCCAGGGUGCUACGUCGAGGACCCGCAGUGCCAGGGGGCAGACUGGGGCCUCUGCGACAGCUCCAGGGCCCUCAUCAGCGACGGGCUCUACCCUGUGUGCGUCCGGGUGCUGCCCUCCACCGUCGGCUCCAUCGGAGAGCACCAGCCCUGCAGGAACUACUUCAACUACAUAUUCAGCCCGUUUGCGGACUCGGUCUCGCCGGCCUUCGGCCCGAUCACCGGUGGCACCAGCGUGAUCGUUCAUGGGCGCUUCUUCCCAGAGACGUACAGCGGCAUGCUUUGCCGUUUCCUGUCUUACGUCGCGCCGGCGCGCUGGCUGAGCAAGACGGAGAUGGCCUGCGUAUCUCCUGCCGCGCGCGGCGACCACUCUGGCGUCAUGACGGUGCCAGUCACGAUAUCCGUGAAUGGCGGCGCGGAUUGGGCAUCAACCACGGCGGAGUUCACGUUUGUGCCCACGCUCCAGGGCUUCGUCACCCCAGACUUCGGCCCACAGCACGGCGGCACGGUCAUCAAUGUGCACGUGCCGCGGCCCUUUGGGGAGCACGGGGAGGCCGAGCGGAACACCGUCCAGUCUUGCUGCUUCGGCGCUCCGCCGACUGUCGUGGUGCCGGCCACGAUGCUGUCGGACACGCACUACCAGUGCAGCUCGCCGGCGUGGCCGGCCGCGCCGGUCAACGUCUCCGUCGGGGUCGUGCAGGCAGACGGCAGGUGCCAGCCCCUGCCCAGGGCCCUGUUCGCCUUCGUGCAGGCCUGGCGGAUCACCAGCGUGCGCCCGUCGGAGGUCUCGGAGGCCGACCUCGGCAGGCAGGACAUCACUGUCUACGGCGAGCACUUCCGAGGUCAGCACGGCGCCUUGUGCCGCUUCGGGGCCGGUGGGCCCACGACCAGGGCGACGGUUCUGGAGCUCGACGCGGCCCUCGUGUGCCCGGUCUCCGGCAACCUGAGCCUCGAGCAGAGCCCGAGGGGGCUCGACCUGGAUGUCCAGGUGGCCAUCAAUGGGGCGGACUUCCUCGGCGGGGGCUCCGAUGCGCUCCUGCGGCUGCGGCCCUCGCCGAUGGUCGCCUCCCUCGCGCCAUCGCAGGUCUUCGCGCCAGGACAAGUGCCGGUGACGGUGCGUGGCUCCAACUUCGGCUCGCACCUCCGCGUGUGCGUGUUCGGCAACCAGAGCAGGCACAUCACCACGCCUCUUGCAGCGGUGGCGUCGGAGAGGGAGGCCGUCUGCAUCGCGCCUUCCUGGGUGAUCAGUCCCGAUGGCGAUGCCAGCGAGCACGUGCCAGUCAGCCUGGCCCCAGAUGGGUACUGGAACGCGCUGAACUCAAGCGCAAUCUUGACCUUCGUUGCCACCCCAGAGGUCGAAUACCUGUACCCUCCCGAGGGCCCCCUCGAGGGUGGCUCGCAGAUCCUUGUGCGCGGCAGGCACUUCAACCUGUCGUCCGCGAUGCGCGCGGAUGUGCCGCUCACGUGCGCGUUCGGCACCCGGGAGACCCCUGCCAGCGUCCUCUCGGACACCGAGCUGUCUUGCAGUUCGCCGCCAGUGGACAACCAGGAGGCGUACACCGGCACCGGGCAUCUGGUCGCCUUCGGCGUCAAGACGGUGCCAAGCUCUGCGCCUCCCGAGGCCAACACCCUCGCCACGGCAACUGGGCAGCAGGAGCAGAUGGUCUUCUUCUACCGCCACGUGAGCGUGAGCUUCUCCCACGUGGAGCCCUUGAGCGGUCCAGAGUUCGGCGAGACAACUGUGAGGCUCCGGUCCGACCAGCCGCUGCUCAAUUCGCAGAUGCUGCAGUGCGUCUUCGGCGACGUUGCUGUCAACCUCUUCCGCCUGUCCGCGUUCGAGGCCAGCUGCGUGUCACCGGCUGCCUAUGAGCCGAAGGAGGUAGAACUGAGCAUCACCACUGACGGCCAGAACCGGAUCAGCAUCGGCCCAGGUGGUACACAGCUCAACUUCACGUACUACCUGUCGCCCACUGCAUCUACGUGCACGCCGUCGUUUGGUUCGGCGGCAGGUGGCACCGUUGUUCAGAUUUCUGGGUCUCACUUUAUCAACAAUGGCAGGCUUACGUGCCGCUUCGGGGACACCGACGUCGUCGCCUCGCGCUUCAUCUCGAGCCAGCUCAUCCUUUGCGUCACGGCCCCCAUGCCCGCGGGGAAGGUGAGCGUCAGUGUCUCGAACAACGCGCAGAAUUUCACGCUCAGCAGCGGGGCGGAGUUCGAGGUGCUGGACUGGCAAUUCUUCCAUAUGACGCCGUACCUGGGGCCAAUCAGCGGUAACACCACCGUCUACGUGGAAGGCAACGUGCCUGCGACCGUCGCGAAUAACAUCCGCUGCACGUUCGGCUCGACGGUCGUGGCUGGCACCUACAUCAACACCUCGCUCUUCUUCUGCGUAUCGCCAGCAGUGGCCGUCGUGGGCGAAGUGACUGUGCUCAUCACACUGAAUUACCAGGAUACCGUCGAGACGUCGCAGAAGUUCUUGUACUACGACAACCCAGUCGUCGAGAGCGUGAGCCCCGAUGUGUCCCCGUCGUCGCAGGCCCUGAGCAUCCAGCUGACCGGGCGGAACUUCGUCAGCACGAACUACUUCACGAUUCGUUUCGGCGGAGUCUCGGUCGAGGCGGAAGGCGACCACGUGACGCAGCGGGGCGUCGUCGUAUCAUCCACAGAAGUCGUAUUUGAGCUCCCGGCCUCGCUCACUGUCGACGACAUCACGCGACUUCCUUUAUAUACCUCCAACAAUGGCCAGAACUUUGCUCCAGAGGGCGUCGCCGAGUGGGAUCCCGACACCAACGCUUACGACGAGCCGCUCUCCAUGGCGUACCUGACAUUGCACGACCAGCUGCGGCUUCUGGAGGUGGACCCCGACUACGGCAUGAACCACGGAGGCGGCUUUGUCUCCGUGUAUGGCAGCGGGUUCCUCAACACCACUGGCCUGGGCUGCAACUUUGGCUGGGUGGAGUCGCCCUCAGCGGUGUACGUGUCCUCCAGGCUGGUCAUGUGCGAAGUGCCCGACAUGCUCGCCGCGAGGACCAACCAGGCGCUGGGCACGACCACGCUGCGCCUGACACUGAACGGCAGGGACUGGUCCCGGACGCACCUCGACUUCAGAUUCUUGGGGCACGUGCCAGUUGGGCACUAUGGCCAGCACACAGACUCGGGGGCAUACACCUUCAGAAUUCUGCCGUGCCCCUCGGGCCACUGGUGCGAGAGCAUUGGCAUGAGCCAGCCCACGCCCUGCGCGCCAGGCACGUUCCAGCCAUACCGACGCCAGUUGAUCUGCCAGCAGUGUCCGCGCGGCUUCUACUGCCAGCAGUCGCGCAUGAUCAAGCCGUCGGCGUGCCCCAGGGGGUGGAUAUGCGACGAGAUCGGGCUGAUCGUGCCCUACAAGAGGUGCCCCAAGGGCCACGUCUGCAGCACUGGGGUCGCGACCCGGGAGGCCCACCUCGCGCUGCAGCUCCCAGGCAAGAAGCCGCGGCUCUGCCCGACUGGGCUGCACUGCUUCGAAGGCACGGCGGCGCUGAACUCGAAGCCGCACAACUACUCGACACCUCAGCCGUGCUUCCAGGGCUACUUUUGCCCGCCAGGCAGCUUCAGCCCAUUCGGCGCCGGGGGCUGCCCGCUUGGCAAGUACUGCCCUACCCCGCGGCACCCCGGCCUGGUAUGCCCCGAGCGCUACAUGUGCGGGCCGCUGCUGGGUCAGGUGCACCCGAUCCCUUGCCCGACUGGCACCUUCAACCCGUGGCCAGGACAGUGGAAUUGCACGCUAUGCCUGGAGGGCGGCGUAUGCCCACGGAAGCGGAUGCGCCUGCCGCAGGUGUGCCCUUGUGGGUACGACUGCAGCAGCCGCGGGACCUCGAUUGCACCCAGCCUCUGCCCAGCUGGGCUCAUGUGCCCCGACGGCACUGCAACGACGAUCGAGCCGGCCUUGUGCCAUGCAGCAACGUACGACCCCGCCAUCGAGAUCGAGUUGGAGGCGGAGCAGGAGAUGGUCUGCGACUACACGUACGGCCAGCAUUUUGUCUUCCCCAGCAGGGUUUUUACAUGGGCGCCCAAGAUGGCCGAGCGAUUCGGCUGGGUCGAGGGCAACACGGAAGGCAUGGCGGCCUGCUGUUGGGACACUGCCAGGGUGGCACAGGAAAUCACUGCGUUCAUCGAAAGUUACAGCGCAGAAGGGGACAUCACGUCUCAGAAGACAUUGAGCCGGCUGCUACUGCUCAUGGAUAGUUACAACUCAGCCCAGGUGGGCGACAUUGAAUUAAACAGCUUUGACGGGGUUAUGCUCUUCAACAUCAGUGAGACGGAGUGGCGAGACACAUGGCUCGUCCGCCACCGCAAGACCCGCGCGACGCUGCUGCACCAUGUCGAGAAACUAUGGAACUUUGUGCGCCCCGACCCCUGCCCGGCGGGCUCGUACUGCAACGCUGGGACGUGCCCCAAGUACGCGCAGGCCGGCGUCGUCUCAAUCGACUUCAGCGCAGAGAGCACUGCGACCCUCCUCCGCCGCCUGCGAGAGGACGACAGCAGGCCGCCCGCCUCCUGGCCCGCAGCCAGGAGUGCUGGCCAGAACGGCACGGGGAGCCCGAGCUGCGCGAACUGUUCGGAGGGGUGGCCCGUCUUCACUACCUUCAAGGCGUCCGACAUCAAGCUCCGGGUGCAGGGGAUGCCCCCCGUGAAGAAGGUGCGGCAGCCGGACCAGCGCCUUUACAGGGCCGAGGGCGUGCUGUUUUCCAGCCUCGGCUCAGACGACCUCCUGCGCGGCGUGUACCUGAACAGGUCCUCGAGGGUGGAGCGCCAGGAGGGCAGGCGCCUCACCGCCGCGGCCACGAGCCUCCCGGACUUCAGCAUCCUGGCCGGUCUAGCGCAGCAGCAGUGCAUGGCGGGCACCUACUGCACCCUCCGCGCCGACUCCUCCGCGGGCACCGGAGAGUUCGCGCCAGGUCUGGGCACGUCGCAAUGCCUCCCGUGCCCCGCGGGCGCCUCGUGCCCGGCCUUUGGCACGACCGUGCCGAAGAUCUGCCCGCCGGGGUCGUUCCGGGCGCCGCAGACGAACGCGUCCACGCAGACGACCAUCUCCUGCGAGCAGUGCAGCGCGGGCACCUGGUCGCCGUGGCGCUACACCCCUGGCUUCUCGUCCUGCGAGCCAUGCCCUGACGGCCGAGUGUGCGACAGGGGCACCGGCAAUGUGUCCGAGGGCACGCCUUGCCCGGAGGGAUAUAUCUGCGGCGAGGGCACCACGCCAGAGCAGCAGACGUCCACGGGAUGCUACGAUGGCUUCUUCUGCGACAAGUCCACUACUCCUACGAGCGUUUGGAAAUCCUUGUGCCUGGAGGGGUUCUACUGCGGGGAGAGAACCACGUACAAGAACAGGUACAAAUUCCGAUGCCCUAUCGGCUUCUUCUGCCCCGCGGGCACGGGCUACAAGAAGGAUCUCAACAAACAGUUGAUUGCACAAUCUGCUUACCUCUUGAAAAUGGAGUUCUACUUGAUGCAGAAGCUGGCGCAGUACUGUGCGCGGCAGGUGAUGUUGCAGAAGGAGCUGGAGGUGGCGGCAGAGGUUGCUGCGGCAGAGGCAGCCGGCACCCCCACGCUGGGUAAGUUCGAAAUCGCCUUCCGCGUGUCGCAGUGGCUUCCCAUCUCGUUGGAAGAUGGCAUGAUGUGCCAGACACAGGCGAUCGACGCCGUGUGGUUGGAGUACACCUCAAGGUAUGGCGGCCCACACGAGAACCUGGACUUGCUCAACGGAACGAUACACGGUAACAUCGAGGAUCUCAAGGGUGAGCUUUUGAAGCCUUUACUGGAAGCAAUGAGGUCCCCGUCGCAGUAUAGCAACAAGUGUAGCCAGUUCAACUCGGAGCUUGGCGGCCCAGGAUACCCGGUCCCGCCCGAAGGAUUCCAGCACAACAUGACUCAGGUCGAGUGCCUGUGCGUUGCCCCUUCGGUGAGCGCCAUGCUUCAGUGCUUCGGUAGUGGAGGCGGGGACGAUUACCCCAUGCCGAGCUGCGUGGAGCUCCAGACUGAAUGGAACUCCAGCUGCUUGGAUUCGUCCUCGUCACUGGUGGACGAUUUUGAUUUAAUGGCGGGCCACUACUUGUCGUACGUUCAGGCUUCGCUGGUGCAGGAGUUGGGGACUCGAGCGUCCAUGGAUGAAGACUCGAAGACGCGGUGCCCAGUCGGCACCAUGACGGAGGUUGACGGGCAGUGGCUACUUACGAGUUGCGUGAAGAGGUCGGAGGUAUCCCACCUGCAAGUCGACGGCAGGGUGAACGUCGAUGCACAGACUCCUGUAGAAAUGGACAUCGUCGUUGGCAGGGUGAAUCCAGUCAAUUGCUCUGCCGUCACACCCGCGGCGAGUUCCGGGGACUGCGAGCAGGAGGAGGAGUCCUUCCGAUCGGUUUUCCAGGCAGAAGCUGGAGGCCUCACCGUCAUCACGUUCGACUUGCGCCACCUGCCCGCCGAGAUCUCCUACGGCAGGGACUACCAGGUGCGCUUCUUUAUGAACGACACGCUCGUCCCCGACUACGACGACCCAGUCGAGUGCUCCAUCCUGGUGCAGUCGUCGAUCUUCGACUUCACAUCGACCGGGACAAGUCCCGGUGUGGUAGCGAUGAACGCACGUGCCCGCGGGUGCACGGAGAUGCCCUUGCCGCACGCCUUUAACCCAAACGUCCUCACUGAGGAGCAGAGCAGGGUUUUCUCGUUCACGCUCUUUGCGAGGGUCGCGUUCCAGUGGCGCGUCGAGGUGCAAAUCCUGAACGGGAUGCACAUGCCAGCCCGCUUCAUGUUCGUGCGAUCAGCCGUGAUCGAGUCAGCGUCCCCCCAGCGCGCCUCAGUGGGAACAAACAAGGCCUUCGCGGUUGAGAUGAGCCAGAGUUUGUCGAUUGAGCUGCCGGCGAACAUGCCGCUCAAGAGCUACUUCUGCGGCGCGGAAUCCGCUUGCGCCCAGGAGCCCGUAGUCGUCUCGAAGGCGUACCUGAAUUAUUUGCCGGUCAUUGGCGACAUUGUCUCCGAUAUGAAGCACCCAUGGCGAAGCGGCCUUUUGGACUACCGCUUUGAUGACAGAGACUCGUACUUCGACGGCGGCGAGGGCAAACAAUACAUGCUCCACUUGCCAUACUUCAGCAACUGCCGCGGGUAUGGGCGAACGGUGCCAGUUUGGGCCGUGACAGAGCAGGCCAAGGGGUGCAAGUGGCUAGAUGACCCAGAGAGCGUCUCCGCGAUCUCGCUGGGAAAGGAAGCAUACGGCGACCUGUGUGGCGCCACCUCUGUGGAGUGCGUCCUCGACGAGGUUCCAAACGUGAAGAUGUCUUUGCCAAGAUGGUUCGAGGCAGCCUCUGGCGAACAGAUAUUCUCGAUCACGCGCGAGCCCGUCUCCCCAGACUUGAGCGAGGACCUGACCAACAUGAUCAUGACUCCGAUCUAUCUCGUAGAAGGCGUCACCGUCCGCGGCUCGCUGCCGAAGCAAGUCACCGUGGUCCUCCAGUACUGGCAGAGGACGCCUACAGAGAAGAUCCUCGCAAAGGGCAGCGUGUAUUACACGGGCAUGGAGUCGCCUAUACAGACGGUGCUGCAGGGUACGGACCCCUGGGUCUAUUCGCUGACGGUGCUGUAUUAUCCCAUGACCCACUUCGAGGCCAUGGUCAGUUUCGCCUUCCCGCUCCACUUCUACUUCGUGCUCUACGUUGCCAUCGGGCUCCUGUGCGUGGGGAUGGUCCUGGCCCUCUGGGCCUACCACCGCUUCUGCUGCCGCCUGGACGAGAUACCGCCGCUGCUGGACUCCGCGAAUCUGCGGGCCUAUCUGCCGCCGAUCUUCAAGGGCCUCGUGUUCGCGGUGCCUACGAUGCUGCCCGCAUUCAUUUUGGGUAUCGGCAUCGUGGAGGGAGAGUCGGCUGGGCAGAAACUGCCCUUUGGCGACUGCGACGACCCCGCGUACGUGGCGCUGUGGGUGGAUCCGAACUGCCAGCUGGGCGAAGCGUGCUGCCCGCGGGGCUUCUGGGACUUCGUCAGCAGCUCGUUUGCGGGCGAGGAGGCGGCCAGUAUAACAUAUCCUGGCGAUCGUCGCACAGGGCGCACCGGCACAACUCUGGUGUUCUUGGGAGCCUACGCGGCGGUCGCCGCUGUCAGGCUGCUCGUCCCAGCCACCGAGAGCCAGUACUACCACAGGCAGGAUCAGGCGAAGCAGCAAAAGAAUGCGCAGGACGCGUCAGACGCGGACGACCUGAGCAGGAAGGACAGCGAAGCGCACGACUUGGUGCCCCAGGGGCCUGGCGCGAGGAGGCUGCCGCCAAUCUUCACGACCUACCUGUGGAAGCGGUCUCUCCUCUGCAUGAUGAUGUUCGGGCACGCGCUCCUUCAGGUCGUGAUCCUCGACUUCUCCUUCUCGGACAUCUUCAAAGACCACAUCUACCUCGUCAUGGUCGGCCUUCACCUUCUGCGAGUCGUCUUGAAAUAUUACCUCACGAACACGAUCUACGACGCGCUACUCGUCGUCCCCAUUCACGCGACGAGCGGGGUCAUCUUUGUUUUUGUGCUGCUCUCAGCCCCCACGCUUCUCAACUUCAUCGUUAUGUACGUGCUGGUGCUCGGGCUCCAGACUAUGGACCGCCUGUACCUGUCCCCCAUGCAGGACAUCGCCGUUGGGAAGGCUGCCAGGACGUACCGAAGGCUCAUGGCCUACUACAAGUGGCUCAUGGAGACGAGUCAGCGUGCGACGACGGCCGCCGACGACGAUUCUGGCAGUGAGGACGGGGCAGCGGCGGCCCACGCGGACAGCGCGGAGAAGGCUGGAGGAGAUGGCAACAUCGAUUUCGACACCCAGGGCAUGAUCAAUUUUGUCGCGGACAUGUCGGCGGACGCAGUGGCCACCAUGAUGACACCAGUCUUCUUCUGGCUCUGCACCAGCUAUUACGCCGAGUCGUCCGUUUUAAACAAUUACAACAUUGCCACCGAGAACGAUUUCUACUACAUUAUCUUCUACGCUAUUCUUUUAGUGUUCCAGUUCCUCAUCGAUGUCGUGUCCAUAAACUUGGUCGAGCUGUACCACGGGUGGCAAGUGACGGACUACCUCCUUUAUUGCCAGUACAGGUUCAAAAACAGGACCGCAGAUUGGAAGGGAAAGGAGACGACAUACGACCAGGCCCUGUCUCCGCACCAGCGCUCAAUCGACCAGAUGUGCUUCUCGGAGCAAUAUUAUUUCGUCAUUUAUAUGGCCACAGCGGGCAGUUUAUGUUUUAUGUUUGGUUCACAGAUGAUCUUCGUGAACGGCUGGAAUGUGUUUGACGACCCGGCCACGCCGGCCAUACUGCUCGUGACAGUGGGAUUAUGCAAGGGCGUCGACAUCAUGACCCAGGUGUUCUCGUCCUUUGUGAAUCUGUGGGUGGUCCGCGACAAGCGCGGCCUGUGGCUCCAGCAGCAGAUGGAGAUGAUGGCGCAAGAAGCUGGACAUUGCCUGGCUCAAGCGCACCGACGAGCCAGUCGUGCCGCCGCCUGGGUCGGCCCACGAGGGCUGGCCGGAGCCCAUGCCGCACGACGUCAGGGGCAUGGAGCGGUACCGCCAGGCCUUCCUGCAGGAGAAUUCGAACCAGAUCUGGCUCCAGACGACGUUCUCCGAGCUCAGGGACAGAGACAUCAUGAUGCGGCAUCGGCACAGGCUGCUGCAGGAGCUGGCCGAUCUCCUCUCGGAGCUGCCCCCCUCGAGGUUCGCGCCCGAGAGCGGCGCCUGGGCCCGGGCCGACGCGGGGCUGGACUUCGGCGCGGUGCCGCCCCUCGGCGUCGCGCGCGCCGCGGGCGAGGUGCAGCGGGAGGCGUUCCGGGGCUCGAUCGCGCAGGAGAUUAUCAUCAUGUGGAGGAAGCGCGCCAAGUUCAUGCUGCACCUGAGCAGGAUCUCGUCCCUGGUCAAGCUCGAGGCGGCUGGCCGCGGCGGCAGCUGCGAGCUGUGCGGCCGCACGGAGGGCCUGGCGGUGAGCCCCAUCUACACCCUCAUGCACCUCGCGUCCCAGUACCGCAUGCAGCGCAACAUGUCUCCGCUGUGGAACACGUCUCUGUGGGAGCACUUCUACAAGAGCUUCACCCCCACCUGCACCAUAUGCGACCGCUGCCAGCAGAAGUACCACAAGGCGAACCAGAACAUCCCCGUGGACGAGCAGCGCUUCCAGCGGAUGCAGGACGCGAAGAGGGCGCCGACGGCGUUCGACACCAUCCGGAACAGCGACAUGCCCCUGGUGGUCAUGCAGGAGGACGUCGCCCCGCUCCUGCAGCUGUGGAUGGCCUGGACCGUCGACCUCGCCAACGGGGAGCAGCCCCGCGACUUCCUGCCGCGGUACGGCUUCGAGGGGCGCACGGCCAAGGAGAUCCGGGAGCAGAUGGUCAAGGAGAGCGCGGACGACCUGUCCCUGCCCUCGCUCUCGGAGGACAGCGGCGAGGAGCAGACGCCCGCCGCGCCCGCCGCGCUGGAGGACGUGGCUCCCCCGCCCGGCGCGGCCGCCGCCGUCGACGAGUUCGAGCCGCAGGAGGAGCCGCCGGGGCAGCCCGCGCAGCUCACCUGGACCGACCACGCCGUGUUGCUCGCGUGGCUGCAGGCCGCGCGCGAGGGCCUCGAGGCGCCCCAGCUUGGCCGCUGGAACGCCGAGCACGUGCUCGGUCGGGACGACGCCGCGGGCGAGCGCUGGGCCACGCGGCGGGCCUCAGCUGAGAACGCCCCCUCGGGAUCGGGCGGCGGUGCCGCGGACCGGGGCGGGGGCGUGGGCCCAAUGUGAGCCCCGGGGCGGGGCGGAUGAGGGGAGAGAGCAUUGAGAAAGAAGAGAACGAAUCAUAAAAACAGUCGCGUUCGUAAUUUAUCGGUAUCGGUACCUUUCGGUCUCCCCAGUGCCGUUUCUCUUUCGCUCGAGAAGUCUUUUCACCCCUGCUUGCGCAGGCGCUCGCUCCCGCAGCCAGGCCCUGCCAGGCGUCGUGGGUGGCUUCGGAAGUGUGUGUGUGUGUGUGUGUGUGCUCAUGCCCUUUCUCUUUCAAGGCUUUCACCCUUGCGCAGGCGCUCGCUCUCGCAGCCAUGCCUUGCCCAGCGUCGUGGGUGACGUUGGCGAUCGAGCGGCGGGCGCCGGCCACUCUUGGGGCGCCCCUGGCCCAUCUCACAGCUCAAGCAGUGGCGAGGCGUCCUGGCUUGCCUGUAGGCCCCAAAAAGCAUGUCCUGAUAACUUUGUAUGGUUUCCAGGACAUGUUCUCAGAACACAU